CAUUUUUUUGUUUGUUUUGAUUCCAAUUCGGCUGGGUGGUAAAAUUUUACAGAAAAUCACCCAUAAGAAUCAGUGAAAAGUGGUUUUUACCGUGAUUCCCGCAAUAAACUAGAUAAAAUUUGUGUGACAAAGUGUGAAAUUCACUCAACAAAAGUGCGGAGAAUGUACCGCGGCUGAUUCGUCAGGAAUACUGCGCUAGAAUAAGAUUUUGUACAUCAUUCUCCAAGAGAUUGCAACCCUCCCUCCCCAAAGACCAUGGGAUCGGAACAGUCCCAACUGCAGCAGCAAGCCGGCGAAGCCGGCAGCAGUUCCAUCCGCGGCGGAAGCCUCCGGGCUCAAUCUAGCAAUGCAACGCCGACGCCUUCGCGGUCGGCGGCCGCAUCCGGAUCCAAACUGCUCCGAGGGAACACCAUAGCCGUUGCGGAGAUUUCCGCUCUUAGUCUGGACGACGGAGGCCCCUCCUCGACGGGGACUCCAUCGUCGGCGUACAUCUGUGAUUCGCGACCGGUGUCGCCUCCGAUGAGCGUAUGCUCCGAUUCGGACCUACCGUACAUAUCCUACACGGACAAACCCAUUGGAGAUUCGCCCAAAUUGCGCAACAAACAGCAAGCCAAAGCGGGCAAAAUCCGCCCCAGCAGUGUGAUCGUGGGCCGAAGCCAGGAAGCGAUGCGCUCCGGUAGUGGCGGUACCGCUGCCAUGCUCAUUGGCCGACAGCGACCUUAUACGGGCAACACUUCGUCGUCAUCUGGUGGGGGCGGCGGCGGUGGUACUGGCACUAGCAACACAGUUUCAGGGGCGGCGGCCUCUUCUAGCCACGCGCACAAAAUCGUGGUGGUGAAGGCGGCCGCCGUCAAAGAGACCGGAAUCGAGAAGGAUGACGACAUCGUGCGACUGCAGAGCGUUCCGAUGUUUCUGCCGGUGAUGCGCGGUACCCUGUCGUUGCCGGCGAACCGUGAUCCGGAGGUCCUGGAGCGGCUGCACCCGAACCACAUGAUCAAUAUGUGCAGCCGGUUGCAGAGUCAUUUCAACACCUGUGCCACCCAGGUCGCAGCGGAGCAGCAGCAAAUUACGAAUAAAAUCAAAGAGGUGGACCAGGAGAUAUCCAGCGCGUUGGCCCAGCUGGUCCAGAAGCAGAAACUGUACACCUCCUACGCGGAGACGUUCUCCAAGGUGCGGGUGAUAUCGCAGCAACUGACCCGGUGCAAUGACAUCCUGAAUCAGAACAUCGAGAGCAUGGAGUAUCUGAACAAUCUGCUCGAGGUGGAGGACCGGUUAGAGCCGUUCGUGUGGAAGACGGAGUAGUAGGUGUUACGUUGGGGGUGGGGCUCAGCGGUUCGUACGUCGGGUAAGUAAAAGCAACAGUAUGUAACCAAAAUUAGCGCUGGUGAUCGAUACUAAGUAUAGGAUCUUGCAAUUUUAUAUUUAAGGAGAACGGGAGCUAAGAAAUUUGGCAGAAAUAAUUCAUUCCUACUUGCAUGCAGGCUUGACAGAAACUCCCUCGCGAGAAAAUGAGGAAGCGAUUUCGGCGAUUUUCUGAGGAGUGAAAAUAAAACUCAGAAAUCCCAACGCAAAUCCUCAACAGCACCGAGCGCGAGCUUGCCGCGCAGCGAGGAGUUCGUCCAACACUCAUAAUUGCUUGUUGUGUUUCUCACGCCCACUCACACUCAAAAAGCUCUCGCGAGUUCCACUCCCAUACAGAGAAAGACUCUCGAGGCGAAAAUCGCACUCAAAAACCCGAAAUAAUCAUCGGCUCUUUUUUCGUUCCCCUCUUCCUCGCUCAGUUUUAAUUGCCUCUCUGUUUGGGGUUCGUUCGCUCCCUCGCGACGAGGCAAAAGCAAAACACCGCUCUAGAGCAUGUUGCAAAACUCUUUUGAUUUCGAGGAGGAUUAUCAAGCCUGCUUGCAUGCGCUUUUGCUGUAGUGCGAUGUUUUCCGAACGCACAAUGACUACAUCCAGCGGUAACUGUCAGUUCGUUAAGGUCUGUCAGUUGUUGCAGUUGCCGAAUUUUAUUCGGUAAGUGAAACGUUAACAUUUUGCAUUCUUUAUUACUCCAACGAACCUAACCUCAAAAUGACUGACAGCUUCCAGGUCAUUUUGACAGAUUUAACAUGAACAUGAAAAAGACGGCAACAAGUUCGAUAACGUACAGUAGACGUUCGCUCGGUGCAAACGGUUUUACUGCAACAAUUUUGCAGUUAUCGCACCGCUAUCUGUCAAAAGCAAAACGUCAACUGAGUUCCGAUGUUUAUCGGAUGCACUACAGCUGCAUUGCGAUGUUUUUGCGUGCAUUUUGGCUGCGUCAAACAGCAAUUGACAACUGUUUGACGGCUGUCAGUCGUUGCAGCUAGCGAAUUUCAUUCGGUAACUAAAACGUAAACAUGUUGCACUUAUCGAACGUCUACUGUAGAAUAUGUGAUCCGUCUGAUUCGUGCAUGUGUGUGGUCUGUCAAAAUAAACUGAGAAAUGUCAAACAUUUCCAUGGCUAGCUUUGUUAGUGUAAUGAAGAGUUUGUCGAACGUCUAUCGUAUCUAGCAUUCAUUGUGGGUGUUUAUGGGUAUGGCUGCUGCCGCUAAGGCAUCGAGUACAUAGGGUUAAAUAUUUGACAAGGAAUGAACUGAAGAAUAUACACCUGUUUGACACUAAUGAAAAUUCGAUCGAAUCAAACCAGAUGAUUGAGCAUUAUUGGGUUGUUUCUGAUCAAACAUUUAACUCUGUGUACUAGCAUCAUAACAUUCGCUGUGGUUGCAGCGUUUGUGCUUAUCAAACGUCUUUCGUGCCUGCUUUCAAUUCAAUUUAAAGAAUCUCAUUGUAUAUAAGAGACGUUCGAAGAAUACAACAUGCUUAUACAGUAGACGUUCGAUAAGUGCAACAUGUUUACGUUUCAGUUACCGAAUGAAGUUCGCUAACUGCAACGAUUGACAGCUGUCAAACAGUUGUCAAUCGCUGUUGGACGCAGCCAGAAUGCACUCAAAAACAUCGCAAUGCAGCUGUAGUGCAUCCAAAAACAUCACAAACCUGUUGACGUUUUGUUUUUGACACAUAGCGGUGCGAUAACUGCAAAAUUGUUGCACUUAUCGGACUUGCAGUUAAACCGUUGGCACCGAGCGAACGUCUACUGGAAAAAGAGAGAAACUGCAAAUUAAUCGCGACUGCGUUGGCGGCUGACGCAAAGCCUUUACCUAUUGCAGCAUCGCAGUGGAAGCAUUUGCAAUUAUCGAACGUCUACUGUACCAACAUGAUUUGAAUUAUUUCUGCCUAUUGGCUGGCAGUAUUAUCACCAAAAGCAUAUGCUUAUUUGUUUAAAACGAUUGCCAUAAAAUAAUAACACCUUAAUUGAGAUUGUAAGCCUUUGUGCGCGUAUUAGGAUUCCAAAUUCCUCGUAGGUUAAGCUAUCGUAUUCCCUAUCAGCUAGCCAUCAGAAUUAAACUGUUAAACAAGAA